AUGAAAUUCUUUUCAAGUCUCGGCCGAAUCGUCCGAUCAUCCCAACGAACUUUGGAGUCCCGACUUCGGGAGAACCUCAUUAUCGAGAAAAAUCUCCGAGAGCAAGCUGCAAGAAAGGGCGGCCAGAACAAGCCAAAGAAAAUCGAGCAACUGGUCGAAGAAACUAUCAACGCUGAGAAAGCAAACGAUGUUUUCAAGGCCGAGAAAAAACACCAACGAAUCUACAAAGUCGAACCAUGA